CAAAAAUAAGUACCCCUCCUUUCUCCGUUCCUGCAGUUUUCCAGAUCCAGCGCCCAAAAAAAAAGACCACUCUUUGCCCCUCCCUCUGAAAACCGCCCCAUCGGCCCGUGAGUCAAAAACCAGCACCCAGAGCCGCCUUUUUACUCAAAAACCCUUUUGGUCCCCCAUCUCCAACUUUGAGCCCCUCUCUCCGCAAUUUACUUUUCUUCUCCUAUCCUCAUCAUCUACCCGAUUAGUGCCGAUAGCCUCUUGUGUGUGAGGCAUUGAAGCACCUGGUCGACUCUUUUAUUCACCCUACGACAGCGUCAUCACCUGUUCUCGAAGCUGCUGCAGACAGACCGCCCAUACUGUACUGCUUUUGGCUUUUGCUGACACCGCUCCCCUUCCGUCCUCGACUGCAUUUCAUCUCGCCUCUUCUUUCCUUCUUUUACGCCUUUUACUCGAUAAUUACCGCCCAACAUGCAUUUGAAUCAGAUGCUCGACGAGUCCAAGCGGACCGGAGAGCCCUCGUUCUCGUUUGAGUACUUCCCGCCCAAGACGGCGCAGGGUGUGCAGAACCUCUACGAGCGUAUGGAUAGAAUGUACAACCUCGGUCCCAAGUUCAUUGAUAUCACUUGGGGUGCCGGUGGCCGCAUUGCCGAGCUUACCUGCGAAAUGGUCCUCCAGGCACAGACAGUGUAUGGUCUCGAGACAUGUAUGCACCUUACCUGCACCGACAUGGGCCUCGAAAAGGUCAACGAUGCUCUGCACCGUGCCUACAAGGCUGGCUGCACCAACAUUCUUGCGCUCCGUGGCGACCCUCCCCGUAACCAGGAAACCUGGACGGCUACCGAGGACGGCUUCCAGUACGCCAGCGAUCUCGUCAAACAUAUUCGCAAGACGUACGGCGACCACUUCUCAAUUGGUGUUGCUGGCUACCCCGAAGGCUGCGACGAUAACAAGGACGAGGAGUCGCUCCUCGAGCACUUGAAGAUCAAGGUCGACGCAGGUGCUUCCUUCAUUGUUACCCAGAUGUUUUACGACGCCGACAACUUCAUCCGCUGGGUUGGCCGCGUUCGUGACCUCGGCAUUACCAUUCCUAUUCUUCCCGGCAUCAUGCCCAUCGCCACAUACGCCAGUUUCCUCCGCCGUGCCAACCACAUGCAGUGCAAGAUUCCCCAAGAGUGGCUUGAUACUCUUGAGCCUGUGAAGAACGAUGAUGUUGCUGUCAGAGAGCUGGGCACCAACCUUGUGGCUGACAUGUGCCGCAAGCUCGUUGCCAACGGCAUUCACCACCUGCACUUUUACACCAUGAACCUUGCCAACGCCACACGCAUGGUUUUGGAGGAACUUAACUGGACUCCCUCUGCCGAGCGCCCUCUGCAACAGGCCCUUCCCUGGAAGCCAUCCAAGGGUCUUGGCCGUCGCGAGGAGGAUGUUCGUCCCAUCUUCUGGCGCAACCGCAACAAGUCUUAUGUUCUUCGCACCCAGGACUGGGAUGAGUUCCCCAACGGCCGCUGGGGUGAUUCCAGAUCGCCCGCCUUUGGUGAGCUUGAUGCUUACGGCAUUGGCUUGACCGGCACCAACGAAGCCAACCGCAACAAGUGGGGUGAGCCUGUGUCCGUCAAGGACAUUGCCAACCUCUUUGUAAGAUACCUCAACAACGAGGUGGAUACCUUGCCUUGGAGUGAGGCACCUCUGACCUCCGAAUCCAACUCCAUCAAGGACAAGCUUGUUGAACUCAACCAAAAGGGAUUCCUGACCAUCAACUCCCAGCCCGGUGUUGACGGCGUCAAGUCUUCUCACCCUGUCCACGGUUGGGGACCUUCCAACGGCUACGUCUACCAGAAGGGAUACCUCGAGCUGCUUGUUGCCCCCGAGGUCAUGCCCGAGGUCAUCUCCCGCAUCGAAAAGGACGCCAACCUGACCUACUACGCCGUCACCAAGGAUGGCGAGCUCCAGACCAACGCCCCUAGCGACGGCCCCAACGCCGUCACCUGGGGUGUCUUCCCUGGCAAGGAGAUUGUCCAGCCCACCAUUGUCGAGAGCAUCAGUUUCCUCGCCUGGAAGGACGAGGCCUUCCGCCUCGGUGUCGACUGGGCUCACUGCUUUGAGGCCAACACUCCCAGCCGUGUCCUCCUCGAAAAGGUCAUGGACCAGUGGUACCUGGUUAACAUUGUGAACAACGACUUCCACGAUAACGAGACUCUGUUCGACCUCUUCAAGGGACUCCAGGUAGCCGACAUGGCUUCCUCCCCUGUCAUUGGUUAAAUAUGACAGCCUAUAUAAUAUUCCAAGUCUUCACACCAAGAAAAGACUUCAUAACGGGCCAUAAAUUGGCUGCCCCCGGCGUUUCUUUGUUUGGUCCCUCUUCUUCUUUACGGAUCAAAAGCCAGUGAACUUCUUCAACAAAAAGUUGCACUGAGAGCAUGCAUAUCCUGUUUUUCUGGUCUUUUUGCUUUUUUUGCGCUGGUAUAAAAUUUUAUAAAAGGUAUACGCAACACUUCUUUUUGGCUGGCGCACCGAACGGGUUCGGCGAUUGAUUUCUCAGCCGGACAACCUUUUGUUUUUUCUUGUUUUUUUACUUGUUACGGAUGCAUGACGGAAAAAUAUCUCAACGAUACCCCCUCUGAUUUUAUCACUUAUCAAAAAUUCAUACACUAUAUAUACAUAUAUCCAUAUAUAUAGGUAGAUGCGUACCCAACAUGUACGCGAGAAACCGGCCCUAGCGUGGAUCAUCUCUCCUGCGGGCGUUUCUCUAGACAUUGGCGUCUUUGUUAAUAUAUCGGUCCUGACUCUAGGGAUCAAACUUCCAUGUCU